GAUCCGUUUGAACUUAUUAAUAUUAUCAGACGAACUUAUCUAUUUUAAUUCAUUUAAAAAAUUAAAUUAUGUUAGAUCUAUUGCUGAUAAAAGGGAACAGAUACCUCGUGGAAAUAAAAUUCUAGCAGGGAAAGGCAAGUAAAAGGCUUAAAACCAUCCAACUGCCCAGAUUUUGUAAAAUUUGCAUAUACGGCGUCGUCAGGUGUAACACUAUUUAGCACCAACUAUUAAGAGAUAACGAUUAACACUUGCAAAGAAAAUGGCAACCAGUAUUUCUGGUUCUGCAUGUUCAUCAUUGUUCCAUCUGCAUCAUUUUAACACUUGUAAAAAAUUACCAAGAAGGAGGUCCUAUUCUGCAAAUUGUAAUAAAGGUGAUGGUAAUGGGGUUGAAUUUGAAAAUGAAAAGAAGAAGCUAUAUCUUGGUAUGGAUUUUGGAACAUCUGGAGCACGCUAUGCUCUUAUUGACCAUCAAGGCAAUACUUAUGCUCAAGGAAAGAGAGACUACCCACUUUAUAUGAAGGAGGAAAAAAUGGACUGGAUACAAUCAUGGAAAGACACACUCUUUUUACUACUUGAUGAUGUCCCUGUCAGUCUUCGCCCGAUUGUCGCAUCCAUUGCCAUUGAUGGGACCUCUGCAACAACUAUCAUCAUGGAUAGUAAGAGCGAAGAGCCAUUGUCCAGACCAUUCUUGUAUAAUGAGAGCUGUCCUGAUGCUUUGCCUUUGGUGAAGUCUAUAGCUCCUACAAAUCAUACAGUCUGCUCUGGAUCCUCUACACUUUGCAAGCUUGUCGCAUGGUGGAACUCUUAUGAUUCAAGCAAGGAAUCUGUGGUAUUGUUACAUCAAGCAGAUUGGUUACUGUGGCUACUCCAUGGCAAGCUGGGUGUGUCUGACUAUAAUAAUGCUCUGAAGGUUGGCUAUGAUCCUGAAAUGGAUUCCUAUCCAUCAUGGCUUCUGUCUCAGCCAUAUUCUCAUCUUUUACCGUCUGUGCAAGAUCCUGGUACUAAAAUUGAGUGUAUGAAGGAGGACAUAAGAACUCAGUUUGGUUAUCCAAAGGAUUGUCUUAUCUGUACGGGAACCACAGACAGUAUAGCAGCAUUUCUAGCAGCACGCGCUACUCAACCUGGAAAAGCUGUAACAUCUUUGGGUUCAACACUAGCUAUCAAAUUACUUAGCAUCAGAAGGGUAGAAGAUGCUCGAUUUGGAGUAUAUAGCCACCGUCUUGGUGAUAAAUGGCUUGUUGGAGGUGCUUCAAACACAGGGGGAGCAGUUCUUAGGCAACUCUUCACGGAUGAGCAGUUGGAGAAACUAAGUGAGCAGAUAAAUCCCCUUGAAGCUUCUCCUCUUGAUUACUAUCCGCUUCAAGCAGUUGGUGAAAGAUUCCCUGUGGCAGACCCAAAGAUGGAGCCAAGGUUACAUCCACGUCCAGCAAAUGAUGUUGAAUAUUUGCAUGGUAUUCUUGAAUCAAUUGCUCGCAUUGAGGCAAAGGGAUACAACUUGCUGAAGGAUCUAGGGGCCAACCCUGUUGAAGAAGUGAUCACUUCAGGAGGAGGCUCAAAAAAUGAAAAAUGGACAAAGAUACGAGAGAGGGUACUCGGUUUGCCUGUGUGCAGGGCAAAUCAGACUGAAGCUGCCUACGGAGCUGCAUUAUUGGCAAUGAAGGGUGCUUGUGGAAAUACAACAUCUGAUUAGAGAAGUGCAACAAUGUUGGUGGUAGAGAUUAUUUGGUACCAAAGGAUUAUGCAAGAUGAAAGGACUGUUAAAUCCGACUGAAACAAAAGAAGCAAAUGUAUAAUUACUAAAAUUGUACUUUUAGUAGCCAGUAUAUCAAAUAUACUUAGUCAAUCGGUAGAUUGCGAUAUCUUUUAGCUGCCAAUUUUUUGUGAAUAAUUGGACAAUAUUUGUCACACAAUUAAUUCAUGACCAUCUUUGAUCGUCA